CAAGCUCUCGGGCUGAAGCGCCGCCGCAGCGAGUCACCUGACCCGCCGUCGACUCACAAAACACGAAGCUAUCCCGCCGCUCGCUCAGUGGCCGCAGCUUCAGGGGACUCCGCCUCUCUCUCUCUCUCUCUCGCUCUCUCACGCAGCGCGUGUCGUCUUUGAAUGCUUGAUCGAUUGAUCUCGGCCUAAAUGAAUACCGCCGUAAGAGCAGCCGCUCUGAUCGACGCUCAGUCGCCUUGCCACCAUCUCCGAGCCGCCUUCUUUCAUUCGACCCCUUUCCUCGAACGUAGAAGACGCCCUCUUUGGGAACCCGGAUCUAACCAAUAUUCAAGAAGGUUUCGAAGAUUGCAUGCAAAGCAAACAUUGUUAAGGAAUGUAGAUGCUUACGCUGACUUCAUGUUCCAGAGGUGGCAAAAUGAGGCUGAUGAAGAUGACCCGUUCUUAGGUAGAGGCUCCUCAUGGUUUAAGCAUUACUGGACUAGGCGACCGAGGAGCGAUCGGAGCAGAAAAAACGGACCUCAACAUCAGGGUAGAGGAGGUUUCCAAUUCUGUAAAGAAGAUGAUGAUGUUGAUACAAUGUUUAAGUCUGCCUUUGGUGGGAAUAGAUUCUACUUCUGGUCCUUUAUUAAUGAUGAGAAUCCCCACUGGUGGGGAAGCACAUCGCGCUUCUCGAAUAGUUAUGGAAGUUAUGGGAAGUGGAGAUUUUCCAGCUAUGAUGAAUACGAAACCUCAUCAGACUCUGGGAAUUCAGAGGCAGAAUCUUCGGAUAGAAUGGCCCUUGGGUUGAGUGCCUCGGGUCCUUUAAAGCUUGAAGAUGUCAAGAAUGCAUAUCGAGCUUGUGCAUUGAAAUGGCAUCCUGAUCGUCACCACGGCUCUUCCAAGGCUAUUGCUGAGGAGAAGUUCAAGCUUUGUAGUGCAGCAUAUCAGUCUUUAAGUGAUAAGCUGGCUGUAAACUGAGGAUGCAUCAGAUGGUUCUUCAGAUUCCGGACCCUGGAAGUGUUAGAAUCCGUGAUAGACGUGAGGAACAGGCGUUACGUGCUGACAAAUGCACAAAAUAUGUCAGUCCUCAUUCGUCUUUAUGGUUAUCAUUGCAUAGAUCCGUCAAUUAGAGGUGUCGGUGCUGCCCAGUUUCGAUGCCGUCACUUGUGUAUUCUGCAAUCAGCAACCAGUGGUAGUCGAGGCUUUGGUAUUUUUGAUGCAUCACCAUCAGUUGCUUUGAUUUACAUGUACUAUUUUUUCGCAGACAUUAGGAACUAAUUAGCUUUUCGUUCUCAUUCUUUAUUGCCUAGGAUCUAGCAUAAAAAUAGGACUAAUGGGUCAUAACUGUCUCUAGCAGAGAUUGGUGAAUUAUAACGUUUCAUGAAUCUAACGAGUUUUCCGACA